GAAUGGCUGAAAUGGUCGUGGAAAGCAGCGAUUCUUCUGCACGCUGACUUACCAUCACUCAAGCGAAUUUGAGUGCAAUGUCGGCUUGCACUCAACACUGCCGAAUCAACAAGUAUCCACGCACUCGCUUGGCGUUGAUGAUCCGCAUGCCGGUCGCCUGAUAGCGUACUGUGUUGAGCGUAACGGAAACGGGCAUGCGCAUUGCUACCAAUUGCCAUUCGAAUUGCCGCAAAAUCCGUGUGUGGGUGGUUGGUUGGUUGGUCCAGCCUUUGUUGACGUUGCGAGUUAGCGCGUGUUGGCGCCGUCGUACUCGUACUUGUUGCUCGCUUGCUUGUCUGUCUGUCAGUGUUAGCUGGCUGCCUGCCUUUUGUACUGCUGCACGGUGGCAUUUCGUGCGAAUCCACAAGUGGCUGUGCGGCGGCCUCAGUGCUUCCGGUUCAAUCUGUCUGCUUAGUUGUACAUUUGCCGCAGCGGGAAUCACUCGGCGCCGUCGUGGUUCGUCAUCGUUUACCAUUCAAAAAGUAUAUGGCUUUCAUGUGUGCCAGCGCAACAAGUGUUAUUUCAGUGGAAUAGAAAGUUUUCAUUAAAAAUUAACUGAAAGUUGAUGAAAAUAAAAGAAAUUUGUGUUUCAACUCGAAAUUAAAUGUGUACACGAAGCAUGUUAUUGAGUUUUAUGAAAAAUAACAAUACUUUCGUUAGAAAGAAACCUUAAAAUUUGGUGAAAGCAGUGUUUCAGAGAUCUCAAAAAUUUGUUGCAAUAAUAGUUAGCUAUAAAGUCCAAUUUCAACAGUUUUGAAAGUGGUAUAAUUUAAGGAAAACGUUAACGAAAAAGUUGCUGACUUUGGUGGACAAUAAAUAUCAAAAUGGGUUCAAAUCAUAUUUCGGAUAUACUGGUCUCGCACGAAUACAUGACUAUGGAACAACAACACCAAAUGCAUCAACAUCAACUCAAUCCCAACGUGAAUGCUGAGAAUCCAAGAUCGCCUAUUGACUUGCAAGAAGCAUCUUCACGACCCGUACGCAGAACAAGCCAAAGGACAACACAGUUAAGCAAUAAUAAUUAUGAGAUGGAAAUGACAGAUUCAAGUUCACAGAGCGACGAUACAAGCGGCGGCGGCGGCAGCAGCAACGGUGGCAGUGCACGGCCAUCCAGCCGCGCUAGAAACUCCUUAACGGGCUCCACACAAAGCCGUCGCAGGAAGGGCGUUCUCAAUGCAAAGGAGCGUAAUCUGCGGCGAUUGGAGUCAAAUGAGCGUGAACGCAUGAGAAUGCACAGCUUAAAUGACGCUUUUCAGUCUUUGCGUGAAGUUAUUCCACACGUAGAAAUGGAGCGUCGUCUCUCUAAAAUUGAGACUUUAACUCUGGCCAAAAACUACAUAAUAAAUUUGACGCACAUAAUUCUCUCGAAACGCAACGAAGAGUCCUCAUUGGAUUUGAAUGGUGUCAUUUUGAAUAGCGCCACCACCGAUCUAACCGGUAAUGGUGGCAUCAGCGGCGUCGGCGAUGUUGGACUCGGCGUUGGUGUUGGUGUUGGCGUUGGCAUAUUAAAUUUAAAUGCUGGCGGUGGAGGUAACAGUUCCGGGCCUGGUCCUGGACCUGGUCCUGGGUCAUGUUAUGAUGAUGUGCUUACAAACGGUACAAAUUCAUAUGAUUGCGCACUGGCUGCGGCGGAUGUGGUGAAUCAGCAACCUCGUCUUACGACCGCCACGACGACCAUACAAAUACAGAAUCAAAGUCUCAGCCAUAUGCAACCGCAAUUGUCACAACAUCUAAUGCAAACGAAUCACAAUCAAUUGAUGUUGCAACAACCGACAACAACAACAUUACUACUCAACAAUGGUUUUGAUGCGAGCGACAACAACAAUAGUUAUGAUGAACCUUUUAGAGAAUUUAUAUAAAUACGAAAGCAACCUGUACACUCAAGUUUACUACGAAGAAUGAUUACGGUAAUUGUUAACUCAUUGGAUAGCUACGAUACGAGAGAGUUUCUCAGAAAUCAUUUAUUUGAAAACGUUUCCGAAAAGUAGAAACAAACCCGUUUCAAGAAAAUUAUACUGAGUUAUCUUUAAGCAGCCCUGCCUUCGUUUAAUUAAUUAAUAAAAUUGUAAUAUUUCUAUAGAGCUAGAGGGAUUCAAAGUAGCUUACCAUUGAAGAUAUUUUGCAGAAGAGUUAUAACUUGAAUACCUUUACUUAACUUAAUUAUAGCGUUGAGACCCAUUUAUGGCUCAAUGGAUAUGUAAACAAGCAAAAUUGCCGUAUUUGGGACGAAGAGCAACCUGAAGAGAUUCAAGAUAUGCCAUUUCAUGCAGAAAAAAACAACGGUUUGUGCGCCAGUGCAAUCAUCGAGAAUGUAACCGUCAAUGGCGACUGUUAUCAUGCCUGAAACUGAAGCACGGGAUCUCGGCGACAUUCGGUUUCAACAAGACGGUGCACUUCUCACACAUCUGGGACGUAGCCACAGCCAACAUUUCAGAGGGAUAAUGCCAAAAAAGUUGUUUCGAAUGAGAGUGAACAUUCCCCAUUAAAUUUGAGUUUUCUGUAUUUUCUUCUUUAAAAAAGUAGGGAACCUCGAGAUGGAUCACCCUUUAAAGGGAUGCCAAAUUUUUCAAAAUUUUAGUUCAAACAACUUGAAAUAUAAUUCCAAUAUUACAAUAUCAAAGGAGAUGUAUUAAAGCCAGAUAGAACGCGAUCCAUGUAUCUCACUUACCGAAAAUAGUACAGGUAAACUGCUUUUAAGGUUUCUUAUAUUGCAUAUUUUGCUUUACUCAAUUGAAUGUUAUAUUAAAACUCGGUGUGCUGAAAUCUCUAGCCGCAUAACAUUAUUUUACCGUUCUCGAAAUUAUUCAAUGAGUUUGCUACCGUUUCCGGUUACUUUUGUUAUAUACUGUAAUUACCUAAUUCGAAAGACAAAAAUGAUAUACGUAUGUAGAUAGACUUGUGAGUUAUUUGUUUGUAACCUUAAUGAGUAGAACAAUUAUUAAUUUGAUCAGUGUUAUUAGAUUUAUAUAAGUACUAAAUGGAUAUUAGUGUUAUGCGAUAGCUAAUCAAAUAAACUGAUAUAACAGCAAUACAAUCGGUUAAUUUCGCAAAGACAAUUAUAUAUCAAUUUUGAAAGUAGAAAACCACAAGCCCUGCUUAGUUUUCCCAGUGUUCUGAAGUUUUCACAAGUUGAUCUAAAUAUGUAUAUUUUUUAGAGAGUUUAAAUUUCAAAUUAUGGAUGCAACUACACUCAUUAUCCAUUAUAUUUAUAUUUUCUUUUCUGCCGAUUAGUGUAAUUAGAAAUUGCAAGAAUUACGGUAUUUGUAAACCAAAUUAAAUCGUUAAAACCUUAAUAUGAUGCAUGGGUGAUUCUUAUACCCAGUAAGUUUCAUGAAUAUUUAGGAGAAGUGCUUCAAAAUUACGAUGAUACAUACAUUUAUAGUUGGUUGUUUAGCAAAAUAGUAAGAAAACCUAAAAUAAAUAAUAUAUUUGUUAUUAAAAUAAUAUGAAAAACUUAUAAAACUGUAAAUAUCUAAGUAAGUUGAUCGUUUAUAGCAUAUGAUGGAGAUAUGUAUGUGUGCACAAUUGUAAAUACGGAGUAUGUAGAAAUUUGUGUACUUAAAAUCAAUUAACUUAAGCUUAAGUAGUACUCUUAAAGAUUAAACAUCGAAACUAAACAAUAACUAGUAAGCAACAUUAAAAGUAAUAUAUGUGACCAAAUUCAAUGCUUUUCACAUGCCUCAAUAUACAUACAUAACAGUAAACUAAAUUUUAUUUCAAAUCGAAAAAUGUUUAAUUUUACACAAUUUUGGUUUUUCUUAAACGGACAUGACGGGUGUUAUUUUAGACGUGUAGUUUUCAAUGAGGCAAUACUUGAAACUUGGGCCUAUCGUCUGGAAUUUAUUUGAGCCAGCCGUAGCGGUCACUUGUAGUGUCCCACCGAUACCAAAUUUUUGGCCGAUGCCGAAGCCGAUUAAUCGGCCAGUUGGCAAAGAAUCGGCCGAUGCCGAUGCCGAUUCUUUCAUCAAUAACUUUAUUUAGUAAAUUAGUAUAGUAACAAAAGAAAAACAAAAACAAAUAACAUUGCAAAAUAAGUAAACAACUCAGUUCAUAUGUAAAUAUGAAGUUGUUUAUUCAUUUAAUUAAUAUUCAAAACUUAAUAAAUUGUUAUUAUAAUAUAUAUAUAUGUUGAUAGAAAAAAUAAGUUAUUCACCUUUUUUUCAAAGCGACUCAGCAAUAUAGCUUUUUUCCUUUAAUGGGUUACAUGGGUUUCGUGGAUUCAAAUAUUCUUUUUUUUUGUUUUAUUCUACAAUAUCGCAAGAAUGUUAUCCUAAAUUUUCAGUUAUAGACUUUGGAAGGUGUGCGCUCCAAGUCAGUUAUUAUUGUUCCUCAAAACCUUAAACGCGUUUUUCUCGGAACCGUGUUUUCCAAGUCGGUUGUCAAAUAUUCGCGAAAACUACUGAAUCGAUCUUGAUGAAAUUUUGCAUAAUGUGUUCGAGAUACAAUUUAUUCGUACAUGAACGAAGGAUUUUUUCUUUUUUCAAUUACAACUAUUUAAAAAAAAAAAACAAAAUGUCAAGCAAAUUCGACCAAAUUUUUAUUUUUCUGCCAAAUUUCUGCCAAAAUUCCAAUUUUAAGUUUUUUGUCUUCCCUUCGUUCAAGCACGAGUCUUACCUAGAACACUUUUUUUAUUUUGGGUGAUCCUGUCAGGAGCUAUGCUGACAACGCGGACGCACCUUUUUUCCGAGGGUUCACCGGAAAUGAUGUCACAAUGGAGGAGUUUUAAUUUUUAUACUCUCGCAACAAAUGUUGCUAAAGAGAGUAUUAUAGUUUUGUUCACAUAACGGUUGUUUUUAACACCCAAAACUAAACGAGUUAGAUAUAUGGUUAUAUAUACCAAAGUGAUCAGGGUGAAGAGUGGAGUUCAAAUCCGAAUGUCUGUCUGUCCGUCCGUCUGUGCAAGCUGUAACUGUAACUUGAGUAAAUAUUAAGAUAUCUUGAUGAAACUUGGCACACUUAUUUCUGGGCACCAUAGGAAGGUUGCUUUCGAAAAUGAGCAAAAUCGGACCACUGCCACGCCCACAAAAUGCCGAAAACCGAAAACACAUAAAGUGCCAUAACUAAGCCAUAAAUAAAGUUAUGGAAAUAAAAUUUGGUAUGAAGGAUCGUACUACGAAGGGGCAUAUUUGGAUGUAAUUUUUUUGGGGAAGUGGUCGUGGCCCCGCCCCCAAAUCGGAUUUUUGUAUAUAUCUCGCAAACCAAUAGAGCUAUAUAAACCAAACUUUCUGCAGUCGUUUUUUUUAGCCACUUCCUAAUACAGUCCAAAAAUGAAAGAAAUCGGAUUAUAACCACGCCCACCUCCCAUACAAAAGUUAAGUUGAAAAUUACAAAAAGUGGGUUAAUUCAUUAACGAAAAACGUCAGAAACACUAAAUUUCACAUAAGAAAUGGCAGAUGAGAGUUGCACUCAGAUUUUUUUACAAAAUGGAAAAUGGGCGUGGUGUCGCCCACUUAUGGGUCAAAAACCAUAUCUCAGGAACUACUUGACCGAUUUCAAUGAAACUUGGUUUGUAAUAGUUUCCUUACAUCCCAAUGAUAUGUUGUGAAAAUAGCCAAAUCGCUUCACAAUCACGCCUACUUCCUAUAUACCAUAACUUUGAAGACGACCUGAAUCGUUUACUUUACAAUAUAUAAAGUAAGUACUAGUGAAGAUAUCGGUGCAGAACUUUGCACAAUUACUAUGUUAAUAGUGUGGCAGCCCCAUUCUAAAAAUCGCCGAAAUCGGACCAUAGGUUUUUAAGGCCCCAUAUAUCGAACACGAGUACCUCGGUGCUUCUAACCUAAUAUUAUGGUUUCCAACUUUCAAUGGACUUUAUACAAUAUAUAUGACGAAUAUGUGGGUCAAAUUGUGUAUUAUAUAAUAUAAAUAAAGUUAAAUAAAUAAAUUGCGAGAGUAUAAAAUGUUCGGUUACACCCGAACUUAGCCCUUCCUUACUUGUUUUUUUUUAAUUUCAGAAAUUAUUCUUUAAAUACGUAUGUAUCCAUAAAACAGAAACAAGUUUGAAUUACAUAAAUAAUUGUUUACAUAGAAAAAAAAUUAUUGAAAACAACCAUUUAAUCCCUUACGGACAAAUAUGAGCAUUAAGGCUAAUAUUCGAAAAUAGUAGGUCUAGUAAAAAUAAUCCGUUAUUUUCAAAGAGAUGACUUUUGCCAUUUAUAUCUCGAAUUGUAAAAGGCGUCACUUAGUAAUGACUCGAUAGAAACUUUGGAAGCUUGUUUAGCAGGUUCUUUUGCAUGCACCUUAUAGUCCAGGACAGCACCAAGUGAUCCGGUCUAUGGUGAACUUUUAAAAAUAGACUCUCCUAGUUACGAAUGCUUCUAUAAUAGUGGCUUUAUGACAUUAUCUUCAAAAUCUCAACAAGUUGUUAAACAAAACUGUGAAUAUUUGACAUAAAUUGAAUCUUUCUAGCAGUGCUAAAUAAAAUCUUCAAUUUACUGCAAACUUAUUGAAUUUCUUUAUACUAGACUUAAAUUAUCAUCGUGGUGAUUUAUUAGUUUAGUCAAAUGUGAAUCACUGUGUUUUAUAUGGUAAGCAGAAGAAUUCCAAUUGUACGCUUUAGAGAAAUCAAAAAAGAAAAAAAAAAUGUAUUUUAGUGUAAUCCGAAAGAAGUAGAAAGAAUCGGCCAAAUAUGACCGAUGCCGAUACCGAUGCCGAUGCUGAAUUUUGUGGCCGAUACUGGCCGAUGCCGAUACCUAGGCCGAUUAAUCGGUCGGUCUCUAGUCACUUGCCCAAAGUCAUUUCUAAAACAUAAUGGCACACCCUUAUAUUUUUAAUAAAGUUCAAUUCUUGGCCAUAACUUUAAAUUAUUUACGUUUUACUUUUUUCUUCUUGAAAACCACAUGUCUCAGAAAAAACAACCUUUACAAUUAUGAGUACAUGAAGGACAUCAUCUCCAACUCUAAAUAUUUUUUUAAAGGAUAAUGAGAAAUGUGAGGAAAGAGACUUAACUGAUAUUCGUAGGGAGAGCGAUCUCAUGCCUAACGUCUCAUACAGAAUAUGACCCUCGAACUCUUAUGAGAUACCUUCCAUCUCAGCUAUGGGACAUGACACGAUUUUUGUGAGCGUAACGAUUUUUGGCAGUAGAAUAUUAAGCGCCAAUUUUUAUACCUUGCACUUCCCUAUUCUAAUAAUUUAAA